GGCCGGCGAUUGGCGCCGGAGCGGCCACGUGCCCGCGCGUCACCGGGGCCGGGAGGAAAAAGGCUCCUUUUUGGUGUAAAUCUGGACUCUAAUUCCGUAAUAUAUCACGGUACCUCGUAAAACCGACACUAAAACGUCCCGACCUACAAAUCACCCGGCCAAAUUAUGAGUUCAUUGUAUUAUGCCAACGCUUUAUUUUCUAAAUAUCAAGCCGCAAGUUCGGUUUUCCCAUCCGGAGUGUUUCCCGAGCAAACUUCUUGCGCUUUCGCCUCCAACGCGCAGCGAGCGGGGUAUGGGGCCGGCUCCACGCCUCCCUUCGCCGCCUCCGUGCCCGGGCUCUACAACGGCGGCGGCUCCGUGCACCCCCAGCCCCCCGCCCCCCCCGCCAUGUACUCCUCGGGGUACGGCCUGGAGCCCGGCUCCUUCAACGUGCACUGCUCCCCCUUCGAGCAGAACCUGGCCCUGAUGUGCCCCGGGGACGCCGCCAAGCAGAGCUGCGGCAAAAGCGACCAGAGGGACUCGGAUUUGCAGAGCGACAGCAAUUUCCGCAUCUACCCCUGGAUGAGGAGCACAGGAACGGACAGAAAACGCGGCCGCCAGACCUACACCAGGUACCAGACCCUGGAGCUGGAGAAGGAAUUUCACUACAACCGGUACCUGACGAGGAGGAGGCGGAUCGAGAUCGCCCACGCGCUGUGCCUGACCGAGCGCCAGAUCAAAAUCUGGUUCCAGAACCGCCGCAUGAAGUGGAAAAAGGAAAAUAAAAGCGCCUGCCCCGGCUCCGGCGGGCAGGAAAAACCAGACGCCGAGGAGGAUGAGGAGGAGUGAAAAAAGGGGAGAGAGGUGGAUGAGGGAAAACGAGGGGGUGAAAAAGCAAAAAAACGC